GGCUGGUGUAGGCAUAGGUACUUCAGUUGUACUUUAUAAGGCCACACACACACAUUGGCCAGGCAUUCAGUUUGCAACAGUUACAUCGAGCAGUCACCUGCAAUAACCAUCGUUUAAUUUCACAUAUUAAAAAAUAAAAACGAUGAAAACUACCAUCAGAAACCCGGCUUUACCGACUUCCCCCAUAAUUCCCGGAGGUAUGUUCCCUGGUCGCAGGGUAAGAGUGAAGGGUAGCACUCCUCUUGGAGCCAGGAGGUUCGGCAUAGACUUCCAGUAUAACAACGACAUCGCGUUUCAUUUCAACCCUCGCUUCACGAGCAACACCAUCGUGCGAAACCAUUACGUUGGAGGGUCGUGGGGUUCGCCGGAAGAGGACGCGCCAUUACCACUGAUACGUGGAACCCCAUUUGAUAUCCUUUUUAUUUGUCAUUAUGAUCGUUUUGAGGUGAUCAUAAACGGAGCACAUUUCUGCGACUUCUUCCACCGUGUCCCGUUCCAUAGGAUCACUAAUUUAACUGUGGGGCAGGAUGUCGCCAUAGAGUCGAUUGAGUUCGAGGGAGCCCCAUAACUGGUGGAUUACAUUGCCCUUCCUGGCGACGAAGACAUGACUAAAAGUUUUUAAAACUUACAAGUUUAAAUUAAAAAAUGUUUAAAAUAUUUUCUGUCAAUUAACUUCUUUCUGUACUUAAUGAUGCUUGAUUAUAUUAAAGUUAUGUAAAAGUG